GUGACAAACAGUCUAGAAAUGUAAUUUCGAUCUUUAGGUAGGAAAAUGAGAAGAAAAGGAAAGAAAGGGAAAGAAAAUGGGAUGAGGAUUGGACGCGCCAUAAGUUGAGUGUAAUGAACAGUGUAAGUUGCAUCAUGAGAUUGAUUUUUCAAUCAUUUUUUCAACCGGGAGGUGCACGGCUACUCCACAGUAACUGCUCUCCCUCUCAAUCUCUCUCUCUCUCUCUCUCUAGUUUCUACUCUGUCCUGCCCUGCUUUUGCAAUUAAUGCACCACCCUCCCUCCCCUCCACCAUAUUAAUAUCUCUCUUUCUGCCCUCUUCUGUUUCCUUCACUCUGAUCCCAAAGCUCAAAUCUUGCCAUAGAAAAUUGCAGAAGAAGCUGGUUUUGCUAUCGAACCACGGAAUACAUUUGACCAAGAUAAAAUGACCUCAUUUUUCUAUAUGGACUUGUAAAGUGGCUUGUGGUUUGAUGUGUUGGAAUCUUUGGUAUUUGGAUAGUCUAUUGCUCGGUUGACCAUUUGAGCAAACUCAGAAUUUCAUGUGAGCUCUGUUUGGCAAAAGGAGGAAUUUUAUCCUUUACUACGUCAGAUGUCUUCUUUGUGGAGCUGAGCAGAUGGGGGCUUGCGUUUCGACUAGUAGUCGGAGUACUCGUAGUAGCAGGAGCAAUGGAGAGACAGUUGCUCACUCGUUCUUGGGGAUUGGAUUUUGUGGGCAAAAGAGAACGAAGAAGACAUUCUCAGACCAUGUAUAUACUCUCCAGAAUUUACACUCCAUUCCCAACCGCAUUUUUACUAAUGGAAAGAGCCGAGCUUCUUGCAUAUUCACGCAGCAGGGUCGCAAAGGCAUAAACCAGGAUGCUAUGGUUGUGUGGGAAGAUUUCAUGUCAGAAGAUGCGAUAUUUUGUGGCGUGUUUGAUGGCCAUGGUCCACAUGGUCAUCUUGUUGCACGCAAAGUGAGGGAUGCAUUGCCAGUAAAGCUGCUAUCCUUCUUGCAUUCUUAUCAAUCAAGGUUAAAUGGGUCCAGUAAAACAUGUUUCAAAGGGAACCUAAAGAGAUCAGAUGGUGGAGAUUCUGAGAAGGAUGCUUCAGCUGAGGAAAAAUUAAAUGUAACAUGGAGAGAGGCUUUCCUGAAGUCAUACAAGGCCAUGGACAAGGAGCUGAGGUCCCAUCCUAAUUUGGACUGCUUCUGCAGUGGUAGCACUGCUGUCACUCUAGUCAAACAGGGGUCAAAUCUUUUCAUGGGUUAUAUUGGGGAUUCCCGAGCAAUCCUGGGAUCAAAGGACAGUAGUGAUUCCAUGGUGGCAAUCCAAUUAACUGUUGAUUUAAAGCCUGAUCUGCCAAGGGAAGCUGAAAGAAUUAAACGGUGCAAGGGUAGGGUAUUUGCUUUGCAAGAUGAGCCUGAAGUGUCUCGAGUAUGGUUGCCGUUUGAUGAUGCCCCUGGGUUAGCAAUGGCUCGAGCCUUUGGUGAUUUCUGUUUAAAGGAUUAUGGAGUGAUCUCUAUACCAGAGUUCUCACACCGGAUACUUACUGAGAGAGAUCAGUUCAUCGUUCUUGCCUCAGAUGGGGUUUGGGAUGUCUUAAGCAAUGAAGAGGUUGUUGAGAUAGUGUCCUCAUCCCCGAGCCGGGCAUCAGCAGCAAGGAUUGUGGUUGACUCAGCUGCUCGUGAAUGGAAACUCAAAUACCCGACUUCAAAGAUGGAUGACUGUGCAGUCGUUUGUUUGUUUUUGGAUGGGAAAAUGGACUCUGAAUCUGAUUAUGAGGAACAAGGCUUUUCAUCUGCAACACUUCAGAGCAAUCACUCCGGAAAUGCAGUUGAAUCAGAUGAUGGCCAGAAGUCAGAGCCAUCUCUGCAGAGGAAUUUCACAGUAAGAUCAUCUGAUGAAAGUGAUACUUAUGGACGACUACCGGUUGAGAUUGAAGGGAAUGAAGAAACAAUGGCAGCUGAAGACCAGAACUGGUCAGGUUUGGAAGGUGUCACGCGUGUGAACUCGCUUGUUCAACUUCCAAGAUUUUCAGAGGAAAGGCAUUAGAUUUUGUAAUUCAAGUAUAAAUGAAAUGGGCUAGCGUUUGUUGUACUAUGGGAUAUUUUUUUGCCUCUUUAAAAUCCAAACGAAAGAUAAUCUUUCUGGAUUGCCAUUUCCUCAGCGUUUUGUUGGAGGAAAAAAAAUCACUGAACAAUUCUCUUCAGGCAACUGAGGCAAUUUAGCUGUCUUUCUAAGUUUUAUGUAAAUUGUUUAGUCAA